AUGUUCCCCGACGAGGAUUUGCACUGGCAGCACUACAGGACGCACGUCACGGAGCCCUGCGAGGAAGUGAGGCAAGAUGUCGUCGAGGAGGACGACGUUCAACCGCCGCCUUCCUACCAGUGCAAGAUGUGCUCGGAAACGUUCUCGGACGAGAGGAGCCACUGGCUGCACUACAAGGUCCACGCGCAGCUGCCUGCCUCUGAUUUGUACGAGAUAGUGAAGCCUGCCAACGGGAUGACGGGGCAGUACCGCUGCAGCCGGUGCCUGGAGUUGUUCGCAGACCUCGAAGGCCAUUGGUGGCACUUCCGGGCACACUACCAGCAGGAGGAGCUGGCUCAGCUCGACGCCUUGACUUUGACUGACAACUGCGAGGAAGGCGGGACAGAAACUACAACUUCCUUGAAGUUCAAGUGCUCCCAGUGUCCCGAGCUGUUCCAGGAUGACAGGAGCCGUUGGUGGCAUUAUAGAGUCCAUGCUGCUGACUCGUCCAACUGCUUUGAGAUGGUGCGGAGCCGGCCGGAGUACCGCUGCAUCAAGUGCUCUCAAGUUUUCCCCGACGUUGCCAAUCACUGGCUGCACUAUCGCACCCAUUAUCCAGCCGAUGUGUUUGAUCUGGUGGUGAAUAAUCGUGUGAACGGGGCCGCUGCUCCUUCCCCCUCUGAGAAACAGUUCCGCUGCUCAAAGUGCCCAGAAUUGUUCCAGGACGUUGAUGCUCAUUGGGAACACUACCGCCAGCACUACGCGUCCCCCGACGACCGGCCGUGCUUCGAGGCGGUGGACGUCGACAAGGACGCCAAUGAGAAGACAACGACGUAUCGCUGCAGCAAGUGCGACCAGAUGUCUGACGACCUAGAAGCCCACUGGUGGCACUACCGCUCGCACAUGGACGUGACUGAGGAUGUGGAACUUGACCAGACUGGCAUUGUCACUUUCCGCUGCCUGGAGUGUGCGGAGACGUUCCCGGACUCCGACAGCCAUUGGGCGCACUACCGCCAGCACGUGGACGCCGAGGUCUGCGAGGAGAUUGUGCCACAGGAUUUGAAGCCCAAGCUGUACCCGUGCUCAAAGUGCUCCGAGGUGUUCCCAGACCGGCGCAGCCGCUUUCUGCACUGUGCCGUGCACGUGACGCCCCGGAGGGGCGGCCCUGGACCCAGCCAGGCCGUGCUGGUGGACAAGUCCAAGGGCUUGCAGUGCAACGCGUGCAGCGAGAUCUUCCUCGACACGGAGAGCCACUGGUGGCACUACAAGACUGUGCACAAGCCGGACGCUGAGCAGGUCGGCCCGGAGACGUAUCAGAUUGUGGAACUCACUGCUGACCCCACUGAAGACCCCUCGACUAAGCGUUGCCAAUGUAGCAAGUGCCCGGAGACCUUCCCUGACCGUAAGGCUCACCACCGCCACUACAAGGCUGUUCACGCCGGCGGCCUGGAGUAA